GCUUCCGAGGCUCGCAGCCUUGGCUAGUGGCCUUUACUUUUCCGGGCGGACGGCACACUAGGGCCUGUCCAUGGAUCGGGCAGCCGUGGCUAGGGUGGGCGCGGUAGCAAGCGCCAGCGUGUGUGCCCUGGUGGCGGGGGUGGUGCUCGCCCAGUACAUAUUCACCUUGAAGAGGAAGACGGGCCGCAAGACCAAGAUCAUCGAGAUGAAGAUUGGAUAGCCAAGAUAUGACUAAUCAAGAGCCUGCUGUGCUUAACAAAAUGAUGCCAGAAUUCCAGAAAAGUUCAGUUCGUAUCAAGAACCCUACAAGAGUAGAAGAAACUCUCUGUGGUCUUAUCAAAGGAGGAGCUGCCAAACUUCAGAUAAUAACAGACUUUGAUAUGACACUAAGUAGAUUUUCCUACAAAGGGAAAAGAUGCCCAACUUGUCAUAAUAUCAUUGACAACUGUAAGCUGGUUACAGAUGAAUGUCGAAAAAAGUUAUUGCAACUAAAGGAACAGUAUUAUGCUAUAGAAGUUAAUCCUGGUCUUACCGUGGAAGAAAAGUACCCUCAUAUGGUAGAAUGGUAUAGUAAGUCUCAUAGUUUGAUUGUUGAACAAGGUAUACCAAAAGCUAAAAUUAAAGAGAUUGUGGAAGAAUCUGACGUUAUGCUCAAGGAAGGAUAUGAGGAUUUCUUUGAUAAGCUCCAACAAUACAGCAUACCUGUGUUCAUAUUUUCGGCUGGUAUUGGUGAUGUACUAGAGGAAGUUCUCCUUCAAGCUGGGGUUUAUCAUCCAAAUAUCAAAGUAGUGUCCAACUUCAUGGAUUUUGAUGAAAAUGGUAUCCUCAAAGGAUUUAAAGGAGAACUAAUUCAUGUAUUUAACAAACAUGAUGGUGCCUUGAAGAAUACAGACUAUUUCAGUCAACUCAAAGACAACAGCAACAUAAUUCUGCUGGGAGACUCCGAAGGAGAUUUAAAAAUGGCAGAUGGGGUAGCCAAUGUUGAACACAUUCUUAAGAUUGGUUAUCUAAAUGAUAAAGUAGAUGAACUUUUAGAAAAAUACAUGGACUCUUAUGAUAUAGUUUUGGUAAAAGAAGAAUCACUGGAGGUCGCCAACUCUAUUUUACAGAAGAUUCUAUAAACAAGCAUUUUUCAAGAAAACGUCUCCCAUGGGUGCAAAUGAUACAAGAUUUACUCAUCUGUCCAUCUAGCUGAAAGACUCUUUAUUUAUAAAUAUAUUCUUGCUCUUGAAGUUUUCUCUUUACAUAACUGAAAUAUUUUCAGACAUGUUGAGUCCAUCUCCUGGAAGCUCCUUUCCCCCACCUCUUUCAAUACACUCCUCAUCAUAUUUUUUAACCCCUAAAAAAAAUGUUGAAGCCAAAAUUAGGAAAAACUACCCCCUACUUUUCCAAAGUGAAUUUUGUAGCUUAAUGUUAUCAUGCAGUUUUUGAAGAGUCUUUUUACACCAGGAAUGUUUAUAGAUGUUUUUAAAAAGUUUUACGAAAUGGUGAAACAAUGUGCAUGAUUUUAAGUAUUGCCAUUUAUAUAAUUUGGGUGGAUUGUGCUAAUGGUAUCACCAUCUCCUUGAAAUUGUUAUAUUUUGUGUGAGAAAACCAAUAUUUACCAAAAAAGAGUGGCAUUUAAUAUUUGAAAAGACUGUUGGUGGCCAUGUGUCACUAAUCAUCACAAAACAUUCAAAUGAAGCACUGAUAAUAAAUAUGAAAUGAAAAGCCUUUUUAAUUCUA